GGCCAGACUCUGUGCGCACGCGCACAGGCCCACGUGCGGCCUCCGCUCCUCAGGGUUCUUCUUGGUCCGGUCCCGCCGGGCCAUGGGCUCGGGCCCGGCCGCGGGCUCGGUGCGGGCGCGCUACCUCGUGUUCUUCCAGUACUUGGGCACCGACUUCAACGGGAGCGCGGCUGUCAGGGGCGCCCAGCGUGCGGUCGGGGUCCAGAACUACCUGGAGCCCCGGCGGCUGUCCCCGCAGGAGGCCGCCGAGAAGCUGAAGUCGGUCGUGCCGGUCAAGUUCAUCAUCUCCAGCCGCACGGAUGCUGGGGUCCACGCCCUGAGCAAUGCCGCGCACCUGGACGUGCAGCGCCGCUCGGGCCAGCCGCCCUUCUCACCCGAGGUCCUGACCGAGGCCCUCAACACCCACCUGAGGCACCCCGCCAUCCGGGUCCUGCAGGCCUUCCGUGUGCCCAGUGACUUCCAUGCCCGCUACGCUGCGACAUCCAGGACCUACCUGUACCGCCUGGUCACCGGCUGCCCCGGGUAUGACCAGCUGUCUGUGUUUGAGCGAAACCGAUGCUGGGCCUUGCGAGCAGACCGCUUGGACGUGGCUGCCAUGCGGGAGGCUGCCCAGCACCUCCUGGGAACACACGACUUCAGCGCCUUCCAGUCGGCCGGCAGCCCCUCUACCAGCUCAGUGCGCACACUGCGUCGAGCCUCAGUGUCCCUGGACCCAGCCAGUCCCUUUGUCGUCCCCCAGGAGAGCAGGAGGCUGCAGUUCUGGAGCUUGGAGUUUGAGAGCCAGUCCUUCCUGUACAGACAGGUGCGGAGGAUGACGGCGAUCUUGGUGGCCGUGGGGCUGGGGGCUGUGACACCUACUCAGGUGAAGAUGAUUCUCCAGAGCCGGGACCCGCUGGGCAGGCACCAGACACGCGUGGCCCCAGCCCACGGCUUGUUUCUGAAGUCGGUGCUAUUCGGGGGCCUCAGAGACCUCGCUGGGAGUCCGGGCUGUGCCCAGCAGGAGAGCCAGGGACCAGGGGGCAGGGAGGCUCCGGGUUGGCCAGAAGACUUCAGGCUGGAGACCAGUGGCCCGAAGGCAGGCGGCCUGGAGUGAGGUGCCCAUGCCCCUUAGAGCUGAGCCCCCUCAGCCCACACCCCCCCCCCAGGUCCCCAGUGGGAGGGGGGGGGCUCCCAAGCUGACCUAGGAUCUGUCCAGCAGUCCCAAAGCUUCUGGCCUCAUGGUUUGCAGGGUCCAUAGCAGGUGCCGAGCCAAGGUCAGAGCACCCACAGCUCACUCGGCCUGGCCCCUGGACCCUGCCUGGUUCUGCACACCACAUGCCCUGUGUUGUCAAGCACUCGGCUGCCUGGGGGCCACAGCAGGCCUCCUGCUCCCCAAGCCCCCAGCACCCUGCAUGCCCAUCUGCCCCAGGUGGGCAGCCCUGGGUGUAGGUGCAGGAGACAGGUGUGAGCACCAAGACGGGAAGACGAGCAGCCUUCGGUUCUGUCACUAGGAGUUAACAUCCUGGACGCAGAAGUAGAAAUAAAAUGUGAAGCGGUC